CUUCAAUCUGAUGUUAAUGGAUGUCUACGAGGUGAAACACUUAAAAAUGCCAUGAACGAAGAUAAAGCUUUAGGGUUUACACCUUGUUAUGUUAUCGCUACACUCGGCACUACUGCUACUUGUGCGUUUGAUUUUCUGAGUGAAUUAGGCCCUAUCUGUAAAGAAGCAAAUGUAUGGUUGCAUGUAGACGCCGCAUACGCAGGCUCUGCAUUUAUUUGCCCUGAAUAUAGAUAUUUAAUGAAAGGUAUCGAAUUUACCGAUUCUAUAGUCGUUAACGCGAAUAAAUGGAUACCAGUAAAUUUUGACUGCUCUACUAUGUGGGUUAGAAAUUCUUGUGAUCUAAUGCGUGCGUUCGAUGUUCAAAGAGCUUACUUAAACGAUAUAGCAGACCAUCAAAAAAUCCCGGACUACAGACACUGGCAAAUACCCCUAGGUCGACGAUUUAGAUCGUUGAAAUUAUGGACAGUAAUUAAAAUUUAUGGCGCUGCAGGUAUCAGAAAACAUAUUAGAACUCAAAUUGCUUUAGCGCUUUAUUUUGCAGAGCUAGUUCGUGCUGAUGAUCGCUUUGUGGUUGAACCAGAACCUUCUAUGGGAUUAGUUUGCUUUAGGCUCAAAGAGGGAGAAAAUUUCACGAUACAAAUGUUAGAUAUCUUGACAAAACGAAAGAAAGUUUUCAUGGUAGCGGGUUCUUUUAAAAAUAAGUAUGUCAUACGAUUUGUUAUUUGUUCAAGUUUAACAACACAUGAAAACAUCGAUUACAGUUGGAGAAAAAUCAAGGAAGUAGCAGAUCUUAUCUUAAACGCAGACAAAAUAAAUAGCAGUACUAAAAUAGGUAUUCACUAAAAAGGUACCUACAUUAUUAUCUAAUCCAUGUUCUAAUAAAUCCUUACAACUACGAAGUAUGUAGUCUAUUGUCUAAGGCAGGCUUUUCCGCACACUCACGCUUUUUAUCGUCAAAGGGACAGGCGGGGGCAAAACUAAUGCACCCACUUUA